CGAAAGCGCCUCGAAACCUUGCUCAAGGGGCAAAAGCCUGUUUACACUUAAACCCUAGAUAAACCCCUUUCAGAUUUUCAGCUAAUUAGAACGCAAAGGUCUUUGUUUUUGUUCUGCAUAUUGGACGCCCUGAAGGGAGUUCAGAAACGGACCCAGAUAAAAAGGAAGAAGAAAGCAAGCAGAUUUCUGAACUCGCAUGGCGUCCGAGGCUUCCGACGGGGAUAGGAAAUUGCGGAAGAGGCGCUAUGGGUGCGAUUCGAUAGAGGACACUCUGGCUCGGUGGAAGAACUACAAUGAGAGGCUUGAUUUUGAAAAAGAUGGAGGGACGAAGACUCGGAGGGUUCCGGCGAAGGGCUCCACAAAAGGGUGUAUGAGAGGGAAAGGAGGGCCCGAGAACUCCAGUUGUGUCUACAGGGGUGUUAGGCAGAGGACUUGGGGAAAAUGGGUGGCAGAAAUCCGAGAACCGAUUCACGCUACGGGCGGCGCUGUACCGAAGAAGAAGAAUAACCGUCUUUGGCUUGGGACUUUCCCUACAGCCUGGGAAGCUGCACUUGCUUAUGAUAAAGCUGCUAGGUCAAUGUAUGGCGCUUUGGCCCGGCUCAACUUCGCAAAAAACACUAUGGAUUUGAAGGACUACUGCUCUAGUUUUGUGUCACCUACAAUGACUAAAACAUCAUCACACGAGUCAUCGUCAACGUAUAAUAGUGCGGAUCAGGCAGAGGAAAGAUCGGGUUUCUUUGAGGACUGUCUGCCCACAGAGCCGAAGCAGGAAAUGAUUUGUGCUGAGGGAUUGGUGACUGAGGAAUUACAGCUUUCCAAUGCUACCUUAAGAGAACCAAAAGCUGUGAAACGGGAAUACGAAACCGAACGCGAGCUUGUUAAGAACGGUGUUGUUUUUCAGACGGGGAGCUAUGGAAGCUUCGAUCAUAGGGCCGAUUACUUGCGAAAUGAGCUCCCAGCUGUAAAUUUUGAUAGUGUAUUUGAUGGGAAGCCUCGUAACGAUGUGGAUUCUUUGGAGAUACUUUUGAGGUCCAAUUAUGCUCACUUAACUGAGCUUGGAGACGGGGAAUGCAAUCAAAGAAACGGUUGCAACCCUUCAAAUGGUGUCAAAUUUGAGACACCAGCAAUGAGGGAAGCAGUGGUGAAAGAGUUCCCGGUGAUUCUGGAAUCUGGAAGCCACAAUGGCUUAGAUGAUAAGUACAACAAUAUGCAUAACGAGCAGAAAAAUGUUCCAUCUGAUGAUGCUGGAAUGAAGGGAUCGAUAACUGGUCAACAAUUGCUGGGAGGUUUAGCAGAAACUACAAAAUUAAAUGGCCAUAAUCGCGAUGGCUUCAUACAUACUUAUGCUUGCUUAGAUGAUUUAGACGUGUCAUACAGUCCAGGAUAUGGCAUCAAUGCAUCGAAUGACAUCGGAAUGCAGAGGGAGCUCGACGAUAGACUCGAGUACAUGCAUAACUGGUCUGCAGAAAAAACCUAUGGCAUUGAUGCUGCUCAAGAACAACAAUGGGAGAGGAGGCAUUGUCGCCCUAUGCAAUUUCAGACACAACCAGAAGUCGACAUACCUGGAAGCUCGAAUCAUACGCAGGACGGAUAUUUAGACGUGGAUUUCGGUUCAGAUUUAGUCAGACAAAGUUAUCAUUCCGGUGUAAUGGAAGAGCAGGGGCUGCAUUAUUCAUGGUUCCCUUACUCUUAGUUGUGUUUUUUAUUUGAUUAGGAAUUCUAUUGAAAUUUUCUUGAAUGGAAAUAGGAAGAUUAGCUGUAUGUUUUAUGUUAAGAGAUGCAUUUUAUUCUUUUGUUUGUAAUUUCAGUUUAUUAAAUAAAGGGGUUUGUCCUUUA